GGGCAGCGCUUGGUGCUUCUGGGGUGACCAGGGCGGUGGGUUCCUCUGCUGGCGGCUUCUCUCCGAGCCCUGUCCGGCUGCCUCCCUCCUCACCCUGAAUUAGUGAAUCAUCUCAACAUUUACUGUACUCCCGAUACUGCUUUGCUGAUACAAAACGUGUAUUUCUACGCUCAAAUCCCUGUAAUGAAGUCUCCCAUCCCUGUGUUUUCCAAAAUAAGAAUAGGUGAAAGCAGGUACUUACCCGUUUUCCCAAGUCGGGGUCAUUCAUUCCCAAUUUCUGUCACUGCCCUCAUGUAGCCAGAAAUACAGGUGCAUUUUCAGAGUGCCUUAAGUGAUUUAGGAACUAGUCCAACACAAAAUGUGCCCUGGCUGUCCGGACUUUCACUGUAACUUUGUUCCUAAGUGUCUUAAGCUGCAUUUGAACCUAUGCCCAGAGUGCUUUUAUGAAAAACUGGAUUUCAGGAGCAAAAUCAACUCAUCUUGUCAUCAGCUGGGCUCAGAGAGCUUGAAUCUGGACUGAGGAAUUAGAUUCCCGAUCCAGGAGGAGAAUUAAGUGUAUCUGUACUUUGCUGGGCCAGGAUAGAAGCACUCAAUGCCUUGUGAGCGUGUAUAAGCAGAGUUUUUUUUCUUAGAUGAAAUUGUUAGGAAAUAGGAGCAGAGAAGGGAUAGGAUAUUAUGAAUUCUCCAAAUUAUUCUGUUAGCUACUACUUCAAGGAAGAGGUAGAAAGUAAAGCAAUGCCGAGCAAUCUACCUGGUUAACAGUAUCAAAUGUGAGCAGGGAACCGCUGCUCAGAGAAAGGACAAAAUCCCUGCUUUGAGGAGAAUGAACUACCUGCCAGAACACUCUGUUUUCCAGCAGUAGAGAUGCCACAGCCAAUAAGCGCUCCCUAAAUCUUAUCUUUUCCUGUCCCAUACAGAUCUAGUCCCAUAUGGGACACAGAGCUAAAUGUAGCACCACGUCUUUCAUUCCUGCACUCGAUUCUCCUGGGUUCUCAUCAAUACAGCCUCAGAGGGCAGGAGCCAAGUCUUUCUCUACAGUCAGGAUGAAAGCUAAAUUGCGUCUCUAAGCCAAAACCAAGAUUACGUCAGCUUUUCAAGGUUUCUUUACUCUUACAAACGUACUUUUUUUUUUUUUUUAAAUGAGCAACUUAUAUUUUGACAUUUGUAGUGGUAGGCAGAGUUUUGUAAGGCCACAACCACUUUGCUUCCUUAAGAGACUUUUUUUUUGGUAAAAACAAAGGUAUUUCUGAUUUAUGGCCCAGCCGCUGCUACUGUGGCCAUUCAGAAUCUCUCUUUGCCAGUCAUUUGUAAAACAGAGCUAAAGGAGAUGUGACAUUCUCAGCUUCAAAUUUUCUCACUGGAAUUCAUCAGUAUGUCCCUAACUGACUAAAAGGAAUGCUGCAAAAAUGCUGCCUACGGAGUCAUUUUAGUUUAUGAGGCAGCAGGAUGGGAGAAACGUGCAUCCAGGACUCUCACACAGCAGAGGGAGUUACAAUCCCCAAAGGAACAGGAGGCCAGACCUUUUAUACAGUUGUUUUAAAAAUUGUUUCUCAGUAUGUUUUUCUUUCCUUUUAGAUCAGCAGGGAAAGAACGUCAACCUAAACUCUUGGGGGAAGCUGAAUCUUUCACAUACAUCCUUUUUUUUUUUUAAUUAUAAAGUUUAAUGAAGGAGUUGAGCAAAGUGCAGUGGUUAAGGUCGAUGCCAAUGGCUGAAUCAGGACGGUCUGUGGGCACUGUGUUAACGCUAAAAUCCAGGGAAAGCAGCUCACUAUUUGUAGCAUUUCUUAAUGCCCCAGAGAGCAGUUGCCUUCUUGCUUCCAAGUCAACAUAAGCCCAGAGUGUACUGGCUCGGCACGUGCAUCUGCUGAGUGAGUAUAUGGUUAUAAGACGUGAUAUAUAGGAGGAGCAAACCAGCAGGCUUUAGAGAGACAUUCCAGAGCAAGAACACAGAGACUAAAGAAAUGGAAAAAUUAACUCAUCUGGAAGCUCUGCUGUUUACUGCUGUGCUGGAGAAUUGUGUUGAUCAACUCUCAAUUCUUGGGUAUAUUAUGCCGGUUUCAUAUGAGGGCAAGACAGACCUCAGCCAUACUGGCAUCCAGGAAAUGAAAGAAAUCACAGAGACCCAGAAGGAGCUGGACAUUAACUACCAAGAGCUUAUGUCAGCAAAGCAAGGGAGUGGGGAAACAGUUACCUCCACGUCUCUGAAAAGCAUCGAACACAAGCAGCAGCUGGGGAAAACUGAAGGUCUAAAAAGCACCCAUUGUCUUUCCAACCGGGCCAUUAAACACCUGGCUCUGUCUGUAGAGAAUCUCAGAAAAAUUCAGGCUGACAGGCAGUAUGCAAAUGAUGUAAUUGCAGUCACUAUGACAAACAUGCAGAAAUCAGGAACAUUUAAUAGCCUAACAGAAGCUAAUGAGAGAGAGAAAGCAAAAAAGAGCAAGUUUCAUGACAUCCUCAUCAGGGAGGAGGAAGGAAAGAAGGAGAUAAAGUCACUCGAGAAACAGCUGCAAGAUGUCAAGAAACAAACUGAAAUAGAACUUCAGAAACGUGAUAAUAUGAUUGUCUACCUCAAAGAUGAGCUCCAAGAGAUGAAGGCCAAAAUGAACAUGGAGAGCUGCUACAUGAAGAAAAGCACCGACCUCCAGGUCCACCAGACCCAGAAGAAGUGCAGCAAUGCAGAGAAUGUCCUGGACAAGGAAAUUCAGAAGCUGAGGAGCAAAACUGAUGAAGAGAUUCGAGUCCACAUGGAGAUUGAAAAUUUCCUCAGGCAACACCAUAAGAUGGUGGAAGAGAAGCUGGAAUACUGGGUGGACAAGUAUGAAAAUGAUACAGAUGCUAAAGAUGAAGAACUGGAUGCCCUAAAAGCAUCAAAGGCAAACAACUUGGAAAUGCUGCAGAGGCUCGCCAAGGAGUGCCAGAUGUUUGAAGAAACCAUCAUCAGUGACCGGGCAGAAAAGGAGGCUAGAAGACGACAACUAGAGCAGGAUGCCCUGGAGCUGAAGAGCAUCCUGAAGCUGCAGGCCUGGUGGAGAGGUACAAUGGUCCGCAGAAACCUUGGCCCCUACCAGGCCCUCAGGAAGAUUUGGGAGAAAAAGUUAUCAAAGCAAAAAGAAAAAGGGAAAAAGGAAAAAUCUGGAACAAAGAAAAAGACACAAUAAGUGAAGAAACCUGGCAACAGACAUGCUCCAGGGCUGUUGCUGGCCAGGGCACUGCGGUCUGUCUGUCUGACAGGACAAAAUAAACCAUGUAACAGA